AUUAAAGCACGAGGAGCUGCUCAAUCCCGCAGCACGCCGAGGACCGUCCCUGUCGGUGCUCCGCUCGCUGACCCCCCGCCCAUACGGCGGCCCGGCAGUCCAUCAUCCGCUCGCAAUUAACGCGCGGCUGUAGCUUUAAAGCGGGUGGAAGAGAGCGGUGCCAGGUCCGGCCCCGCCGCACAGCCCUCGCCGCUCAGCCCGCCAUGGGGAUCCGCGCGAUCUUCGUCUUCGUCGCCCUCCUCGCUGUCGCCUCUGCCCGUCGCAAGCUGUUGCUUUUCCUCCUCGACGGUUUCCGCUUCGACUACAUCGACGACGCGGAGCUGGAGUCCCUGCCGGGCUUUCGGGACAUCAUCGGCAUGGGAGUGAAGGUGGACUACAUGACCCCCGACUUCCCCAGCCUCUCCUACCCCAACUACUACACGCUGAUGACAGGUCGCCACUGUGAGGUUCAUCAGAUGAUUGGAAACUACAUGUGGGACCAGAAGAUGAAUGUUUCUUUCGAUAUUGGUGUGAAUAAAGAAAGCCUCCUACCUCUCUGGUGGAAUGGAUCGGAGCCUUUGUGGGUCACAAUGAUGAAAGAAAAAAAGAAUGUUUUCAUGUACUACUGGCCAGGUUGUGAGGUUGAAAUCCUUGGAGUCAGACCAAGUUAUUGCCGCGAAUACUUCAGUGUCCCAUCAGACCAAAACUUUGCGGAUGCUAUCAGCGAUGCUCUCGAGGCUCUCCGCAAUGGCAGCGCUGAAAUGGCAGCUGUGUACUACGAGCGCAUCGACGUGGAAGGCCACCACUAUGGCCCCUGGUCCGAGCAGCGGAAGAGUGCUUUGAAGGAGGUGGACAAAGCCAUGAGCAACAUGAUCACACAGAUUAAGAACAAGGGCCUUCAGCAUGACGUCAACGUCCUUCUGUUCUCUGAUCACGGGAUGACAGACAUCUCUUGGACAGACAAAGUGAUCGAACUGAAAAACUACAUCAAUAUGAGUGACACAAUACAAAUGAAGGACCGAGGUCCUGUUGUGAGCCUUUGGCCGGUUCCAGAGAAGCACACGGAGAUAUAUCAAAAAUUGAAAGCUGUAGAACACAUGAAUGUUUACAACAAACAGGAUAUUCCAGAGAGGUUUUUCUAUAAGAAAGGAAAAUUUGUGUCUCCUCUAACUCUUGUGGCUGAGGAGGGAUGGUUCAUAGUAGAGAGCAGGGACAAGUUGCCCUUUUGGGAGAAUGGCACAGGGAAGAGGGAGGCCUGGCAGAACGGCUGGCACGGCUACGACAAUGAGCUGAUGGAGAUGAGGGGCAUCUUCCUCGCGUAUGGGCCAGAUUUCAGAUCCAACUACCGCGCGCCUCCCAUCAGAUCUGUGGAUGUUUACAACGUCAUGUGCAGCCUGGCAGGAGUGCAGCCACAGCCAAACAAUGGCUCCUGGUCCAGGGUGGAGUGCAUGCUGAAGAACACGGCUGUCCGCGUGCCACUCUGCACACGGAGCGGCUGUGUGCUGGCACUGACUCUGCUCUUGCUCUUCUGGUUGCUGUGAUCCCCAAACAAUGUCGGUCAGUGUUGCCAGCAACUUGAUUCUUCUUUUUUUUUUUUCUUUCUUCUUCCUCUCCCUCUCCCCCCUGCAAGAAUUUCUUCAUUUGAAUAAUAGCUUCCUUACUAGCGUGCUGCCCUCACCCAUCUGCUGUGCUGCACCAGGCGUGAAUCUGACCACACUGGUUUUUACACCAGUUUUAAUGCAAAGCCAAUUUGUGUGCUGCUCUAACCACAGCCAGAAAAACUGGUGCUGCUGCUCUGAAUUUACAACACUGGUGACAGGAGCAGGAUUCAGGCCAGCUACCAGCCACAUUUUCUGGUGGGUGCAUAUGGAUACCCCUGGACAUCAGACACAUCUUACCCAGCAAGUUUAACAGAGAAGCUGGCCCUGGCUGCUGGCAGUGGGAAGCUCAGGCAUAUAGAGGCAGACCUCGAUGAAUUAACCUGAGCUCUUUCAAGUUUGUCCUUUACCCCAGCAGACCUCCACCUUCUCCUCACAGUGCCAGCCAGGCCCAGUCUAAACAGACCAAAGAGCCAUGCUCUUUGCUGAGUGAUUUGAGUGCCAACAGAGUUGGAUCAGGAGGAGAACAGUGAGAGCAUCCUACCUCUCCUAGUCUUUCCUCCUUCACUUUCCCUUAAAGUGAGCCCUGGCACUGCAUGCCCUCAGGACAGGGUUUGCAUCGGGGAGUGCAGCUGGAGAGGGGGAUACAGAGGGAGAAGAGUGAUGGAAAUCCUUCACAUCAGAAAGAGGAAGAACUUGUAAUGGCACCUGGACACCUAGCACUCAGGACAAAUUACAGUGAGGAAGCCUGCCAUUUAGCAGCCUUUCUGUUUUCCUUGGUGAAGAUGAUAUCCACCUGCUUACACGUUUUGUUUUGUUUUGUUUUUUCUUUAACCCAAUUGUGUUUCUGAAGGUUUUUGACGCCUCCUGCUUUUCUACCAGCUCCUGCUCUCUGCCAUUAAAGCACUGUGGUAGGUUGCAAACUCCCCUGAUUUUUUUUUUAGAGGUGGUGUUCUGCAGCAGGGAGAGAGGUUUACACAUAUGCAUUUCUUUCCAUCUCUCCCUCUGUUAAUCCUAGCUACUAUGCCUACUUGGAUUACCAAGCCCAAAGAAAGUUGUAACAGUCAAGUUACAUAGAGCAGGAGAGCAUGGAGCUGCGCUCAGAGGCAGUGCACCUGAAGGGCAAGUCAAAGAUGAUGUAAUCCUGAAAACAUCAACACAGCAGGUGCAGUAUAUCCCUUGAAAAAACAAUUUGCCCUAUUCUUUCACUCCAGUGCAGCCAUGGAUCUUCCCUGGGGCAGUGCUCAGUACAGGGCUGAUAAUGAAGCCAGCAGCACAGCUCUGUGAGCUCAGAAGAUUAAAGCCACCAAUUGUUAAACUGCCCACUUGUCACAGCCCUCGGUGUUAAACAUGGGAUGAAUACAUACCACGAUGGGUCAGGAGAGAGGUGGUCUUUUGCAUCAUUAAAUGUCUGCUGUGAAAUUAGCCACUCUAAAACAGAGCUGACAGGAUCUGAUCCUGCAAAGUGUCCUUUCCUCUUUGGGAGGCCGUGGUCUUCUGCAACGCCCUCAGAGGAGCUCAGCGCUUCUCUGAAAUACCUCUGAACCAAGAGCUUUCAGUGAAAAACUGCCUUUAGAAGGAUUUAGAUCCCUCCUUGUGCAAAAUAAACCUCUAAGGCUUGUUAUUCACGUGGAUCCAGAAUCAAGCACCGUUCUGGUACAGUGAGUUUAAGGGUGAAUGAUUACACUAUGUAAAAAAAAAGCACAACAAAUUAAACUUGACAAAAGACUUCUGUAAUAGCUAUAAAGAUUUAUGUAAUGUGUUUUUUAAAGCUCAAGUGAACCAUCAAAUCAAUUGGGAAAAAAAAGGGAGAAAAUCAGUCUUUGUUAUUAGACUGUUGAGUAUAAAAGGCAAUUUAGUGCUUUCUAAGCAUUUGCAGUAGCUGUAAUACAAGCAUCCAGUGUUCAGAGUUCCCUGUUGCUCUUUAAUGAACCAGGCUCAAUGAAUUCACUGGAGCACAUUUUUAAAGCGAGAAAAUUAUCAGCGUACAGAAGAUAACCAAACGACACAAUGGGAAAGUUUUGCUGCAAAACCAACAGGAUACACACAGCGCAGGCGGGUCCCUUCAGUCUGCAGUUUUAACUCUUGCUGCAAAAAUAAUCCAGUAUCCUCUUAUGGAAAAAAAAUCCAGGAAGUGUACAGCUGUAUUCUGAUACGCCUCAAAAUAUACUUGAUCUGUAACAGGGAGACUGAGUGGCAGACCUACAAGAAGCUCAUUAGCUUCAGGAGUACUACAGUUGGUUGCGUUGGAGAAGCGUGGCUUUCUUCCUCUGAAAUUUUGUACCUCUGAAUCAGUUCACAUUCUCAUUCAGUGCCUUCAGCCUGUUUUUCUGUACACUAUGCAACUGAGGUGGGUGUAUUUCUGAAUGAUGUUUUUGUACGACGACUGAUUGUGAACGCGUGAAUAAUUCUGAGAAUGCUGUUAUAAAAAUACGCAUCUUUUUGUAAAUACUGUAAGGUUUUUGAAAAAAAAAAAGAAGCAUCCGUAACACCUCGCCUUUCUUGUUUGAUUGCUGCAUCAGUGUGUGAUAAGCAGUGUUUGAAGCAUUUGCUGAUUAAUCAUCAGAAAGAUGAAUGAUAACAUUGUUGAGAAAUGGCAAAGUUGUCAGCAAUUGAAUUAGGGACAUUAAAUACAUCUCAUGAGCUAUUGUAGCUUGUAUGUUCAGUCCUUUUCUCCAGACACAUUUCAGUAUUUAACCUUUGGAACAGGUGCGCUUUUUUCCACCAUUUCUUGUGUCAGUUUGCCUGCAUUAAUAGCACCGAGAGCUUUCAUAUCUUCCACACGCCGCUGCUGCAUGUCCUCAGGCCUGCUUGGGGUGCACAGCCCCUCCUCCAUCGCUGGGACACGAGCCACCUUUUCACCCUGUGUUUGCACAGCACCCAGCUCACUUGGGACCUGCUGAGUGCCUGCCCUGAGCUUUGGAUCAGUGUCACUGUCUGUGCAGCUGGGCCUCACUAGGCAAAGCUGACCCGGUCUUUCAGCUGGCUGAUGCUGGCUAGGCAGAUUGCUUUAAGUUGCACUGAUAACUCCUCUAAUUCAUGUUAGAACUCAAAAAUACAAGCAUUUCAGAAUUAAAGUUGACUACACUCCUUAAUUCUCAAGCUUUGUACAUAUCUGCACAACCAAAAAGCCUUUUGCAUGGCUGCCGCUGGUGUCCUGGCUGCUGGGGAAGCUUUGCCAGCUGAGCUUGCAGAAGAGCACCUGUGUGCAGGCAGAAGAAACAUACCCACGUUGAUCAUAAAUAACAUCAGUUAGCGCUGUUCAGCAGCUUGAGGAGAAGAAAAGGAGGUCCAGAGAUGGCGAGGGAAAACGGGGAGCUCCCUGUUCGCUGCUUUUAUUGCUUUGUCUUUCCGUUUCUGUACGAGCAGCCAGAAACGCCGAGGAUGCGAACGCCGCAGGCUCGGGAACGGGAGCGCACCUCCUUGGCCGCCAUUACCGGGCUCGGAGCGCCCCCUGCCGGUACGGCGGGCCCGGCCCCGGGCUCCCUCUCGUCGCGGUGCCCGAGCCCAGCCCGGGGAUCAGAUUGCUCGGAGUCAAUCCCUCACGUGUCCGUACACCAAGUGGGAAAAAGAAAUGCGAGACCCGCCACCGGGAAGAUAUUCAACGGCCGAGAUGUGGGAAGCUUCCCAGCAAAACACGGACUGCUUCUUGCAGGCGCUGCUGAAUACAGCCUGCAAGGGCUCAGCAGUUAAUCACUGGUUCAGAGAAACACAACGCAAUCAUAAAGGCUGAAUUUUAAAUGCUCCCUUCUCCAGCUUGGACAGUGACAAAUGAAGGACUGUAGAAAAGCAGGUGUGGCUCUUGAGGAAGUCCUUUUAAUUGCCUUGAGGAAGGCAAUUAAAACUGGGAAAGCAGCUGGUAAGUGUGCAGAUGUGACAGCUACAGCUUAAAAAAUUAAUACAAAGGAGGAAGAUGGAUGAAUGAAUGGUGUAGAAGCUGAGGGACCAUGCCAUGGCAGAUAAGGUGCCUGGCUGUGUGGGACGGUGCAGGGGUCAGCCCAAGAAAGCUGUGACAGCCUGGGGCUGUCCUCGUCCUCAAGGUCUGCCCUUGGAUGGGCUUGGAGCAAAGCCCCUGAUGAAAGACCCCACAGCCCACAGGAGGUGCUGCCCCAUGAGCCCCGCAGCAUCCCCCAGUGUGACAAACAGAGCUGAUGGCAAGGACAGCUCUGGGUGAUUUCCUGGGUGCCCUGUGAUGGGAAGGGUGAGGGCAGCUUUUAGGGCUGGUUGUUUCUGAGUCAGCUCAGUGGAAACUAGGGCUGCCCAAAGCCAACCAGCAUGGGCAGUUCUUGUGGUUUCCAGCCCAUCUGUGCUCUCCAAUGCUUGCUGUUCUGGACUUCUGUCCCAUUGAAAAAAACAUACAAUAAUUCAGAUAUGAUCCAAAUUAGGAAAGAUUCAUGAGUUACCAUUGGGAUUAUCACUAGGGAGUUCUCAACAAUUGCAUAGAUAGUGUCAUGAAAAUAAAAUACGUGUAACACUUAAAGGAUUUUGUAUGUCUGUGCAGCAAAGUGUCAGCCUCACAGCUCCCCCGUUGCUGAGAGGGGCACGUGGCAGCAGUUGCUCCUUGCUUCCCCGCCUCCCUCCUGCAAUCUGUUAUGUCUGCAGACUGCUGCCUCGUGCAGACAUCUGGGAUGCAUCACGCGCCUUCUCCUCCUGGAGAGAAGAGAUGAUUUUUUUGGACACCAAGUAAGCGCAGAGGCGCUUCGCAUCCUCUGGAAGGGAACAUACAGUGAGUUGCUGCACGUACAGUGGGAAAUGGGAGAAGGGAGGGAGGAGGUUUUGUUGCAAGGCGAACGUGAGAGCCUUGUGGCGUUCAGAACUUUCCUGAGUGGAAACAUCCUAUGCACAUGGGAAGGGGGAAGGCCGGUGAUGGGCUAAGAUAAGCAGUUUUUCCUUGUGUUUUUUUUAGGGGGGCAGCCUGAGCGGAGAGGAUACUGCCAGCAGUGUGAGGACGUUCGCUGCUUUCAGGCGGGGGCUGGUUCCCAGCUGUGCCAAAGCACAGCAGGUGGUGCUGUGGGCCACGGGAUGGCCAGAGCGAGGGCCCAGGCAGGAGAGGCUUUGCUGGCAGCACUCCUGCCAUUUGGGACCCUUCCAGACCCUCCCAUAGAACCACAGAAUCAUUAAGUCUGUAAAAGGCCUCUAAGAUAGUCUAGCCCAGCUCCAUCCCGCCAUGCCUACUAACCGUGCUCCUCAGAGCCACAUCUCCACAAUUCUUGUACACCUCCAGGGACGGUGACACCACCACCUCCUUGGGCAGCUCAUUCCAGUGCCCAACCACUCAGAAAUUUUUCCUAAUAUUCAACACAGUGGAAGCUUUGUAAAACUAUUUGUGUGGGAACUGCCGAGUCACGGCCUGAAUCUCUGAUGGAUCACCUGAGGCGAGCCAUGAGUCAGCCAGAGGAGCACAGCUGAAGGCAAUUCACCUGUGCUGCAGGAAGGGGUGGAGCCUGGCUGCACCCCUCCUAGACCUACUUAAGAGCUGGCUACCAGUGGGGAAGGAUCUCUUCUGGAGAUCUGCUCUGCUGGUGUUUUGUGAGUGAGCCCAGGAUAGGGUCAGUGUGUUGAAAUGUGAAGUAUAUUUACCAGAGAAAUGUGUGUACCGGUGGGGGCAAGAAAGAAAUAGUGAAAGAAGUUCUGCAAUCUAAGCAAGCAGAGGAAGUGAAUGUUGCAAUAAUCUGCAUGUCUUUGAGUACCAAUAAGUGAGAAACCCAGUAAUCUAAAAGGCAGGUGGGUAGAUAUUUUUCUUUGUUGUUUAGCAGUUACUGAAAAGUCAGCAUAAAUAGCCUCUCAUCUUUUGUUCAUUUUAUAUAUCAUGGUUUUUUCUUUUCUGCACGAAGCUCAGGGAUCUAGAACCUUGAAAGGUUGCAACUGGCUGAUACCCACUGAAAAGUAACUUGCAUGUUUGCAAGCAGCCCCUACUGUGUCAUUCUGCUGAGUUUUAUUUCUUUUUUUUUUUUCCCCUGAAAAAGUGCUGCAAGAGAUCACUGAAAGAGUCUCAAUUGGAAUUUUCUGGUUUUCCAGUGGAAAUGGGAAGGCAGUGUAACAGAGGGGAAAAAGUCAAUUAAAAGGAAAGGGAACACUUGAAACUUCUGCAUAAUUAAUCUACCUUGCCAUGAAACUCUUCUACAGAAAACAAAAAACAAAAAAAAAAAAAACAA